AUGUCGUUCGAACCCUACCAACGAUCUUAUGGCAAUGACAAUGCCACAGAUUCCUCAUCGGGGAAGGGAGAGAAGUUGAAUGAGAUGCACUCCGAGGACGUCGUCAUCGCGGUCAUGGGUGUGACGGGAACGGGCAAAAGUACCUUCCAGAUCGGAAUCCGUCCAAUGCAAUAUCGUGAUGGGCCCACCAUCUACCUCAUCGACACGCCGGGCUUCGACGAUACCCGUCGCACCGACGCUUAG